GCCCUGGGUCCUUGAUUUUUAGAAUGGGACAAAGGUCCUGAGGAGUACAAAACUUUUGUUUGGGUGAUUGACCCAGUCCUCACAAAGUGCUGACACUACUAUCUUGCAGGAAGGUAGAGAAAACGGAUUAGAAACAUAACAUAAACGUUUCCAAUACCAGAAAUUUUGGGGAACAUCUUUGAAGAAAACUUCUGUUGCAAUGGCAUCAUCCUGUCUACAGAUCUGUGCAUUGCUGCUGGCUUUAGCAGGAUUCACUACAUCACUUGUUACUACCAUGUCCAGCACUUGGAAAGUUUUGGACUCCACAACAGAGGUGGUUGCUGCAGACUGGGUUUCUGAAGGACUUUGGAUGGACUGUGCAGCAACUGCUGUUGGAUCAGUACAGUGCAAGAAAUUUCUCUACAUGCUGAGUUCAGACCUUAUUGGAGCUACUUUGCCAAAUAAUUACUGGAAAGUCUCCAGUCUCCAUGGUUCUGUGAUCACAACAUCUACGUUGUUUGAAAACCUGUGGAAGAGCUGUGCAACAGACAGCACUGGAAUAUCCAACUGCAGGGAUUUUGACUCCAUGCUUGCACUGCCUGCUCACAUUCAGGCAUGCCGUGCCCUGAUGAUUACUUCCAUCCUUUUGGGAUUUGUAGCUGCAGUUCUCUCACUGCUUGGUAUGAAGUGCACAAACAUUGGGUUGAGUGAUGAAGAUGGAAAAAUGAAGUUUACUGUCACAGGAGGAUUUCUUUUUAUUUUAGGAGGUCUCUGCUCCAUGGUGGCUGUUUCUUGGUAUGCUGCAAUGGUUACUGCUCAGUUUUUUAACCCACUCUACGCUGGAACCAAGUAUGAACUAGGAGAAGCUCUCUACUUAGGCUGGGCUGGAUCUAUCCUUUAUAUACUUGGUGGGAUCUUACUGACCUGUUCCUGCAGAGGGAAGGAAAAACAGAAUUACAGUCCCAAGAAGUAUGCAUAUUCAGCAGCCCAGGCAGCUCCUCAGCCACACAUGUACCCCAGGAGCUCUGAGACAGUCAUAAGCAACAAGGAGUAUGUCUGAGCUUCCAUCCUGCAUCACCUGUAGUGUUAGUGGCUUAUGAACUCCAAUAAGGAAGUGAACCACUUCUUUAUUCUGGUUCCAAGUUGCAAUCCUAUGCCCUAAUUUGGAGCAGUACCAGGAGGAGGUAUGGCUUUCAAUGUAAAUAGCAAUGGUUUUCAGAUGUAAAUAGCUUUCUACAGAAGAUGCUGUGACGUGGAAUCCUGUGGCAUGAAGGUUUUCUGCAUGCUGAGAAGCCUGGUAAAAUUUAACCAGAGUGCAGUAUAUGCUGACACUCAAGAGCAUUCCUAUUUCAGCUGACUCAAACAUGUGGAACUGAUAGCUGUAUCUGACUGCAAGUUCAUAUGCCUCACAGCUAGAAAUGUCUUUUGUUUUCAUUAAUGUUUAGCUUCCUUCUUUUGUUUAGCAGCUUAAGCUUUUGACAAGAAAUAAACUUUGUUCCACAGACAAACAGA